AUGGUGGCUAUUGUUACGGGGGUAGAUAGGCUAUUUAUCCCUGAGAGACCGCCGCGGCCGGGAUUGGAGGAGGAUAUUUGUGCGGUGAUUCUGAAGACUAUCGUGAUCAUCGUCGAAGGCUCACAGGACCAUAAACUGCAGCAUAUCUCCUCGGAGACCGUCAAAGACAUCCUGAGAACACGACUCGAGCUCGAUACGAGGGUCACUGUCCUGGGCCACAUCCAACAAGGAGAAGCGCCGUGUGCGUACGACCUCUGGCUGGCCACCCUGCAGGGCAUGGAAUUAGUCAGCCGGCAAAUGCCUGUGCAAUCCAAAGACUUCGACCGGGCAAUGCGACUCCUGGAUCCGGAAUUCAUGAAAUAUCAUGGGGCGUAUCGCCGGUUGAGCACAUCAGAUCAUCCCUGGACCAUAUUGUCUCCGGACAAAAAGAAAGAAAGAAUGCGUAUCGCAGUCAUCCACAUCGGGGCACCAACAGCUGGCAUGAACACCGCCACUCGGACCAUAGUCGCCUACUGCCUGACCAAGGGCCACACACCCAUCGCCAUCUAUAACGUCAACGACGGCAGAUCCGAUAUCGGGUCAAAAAGCGGUCUGCCUGCGGACGAUCUGACCACGACGGCGCAAUGUUUCCAGGAGUCCCGGCUCGAUUCCCUGUUGGUUAUCAGUGGCGUCGAAGCCUUGACUACCGUUCGUCACUUUCAUCAAGCCCGAGACCAGCACGCGGCGUUCCGUAUACCCAUCGUGCUUCUCCCCACCAGCAUGGCCAACAACGUGCCCCAGAUGGACUACGCACUAGCCAACGAUACUAGUCUCAACACGCUAGCCUGCUUCUGUGAUGUGUUGCGGCGCAUGUUGUAUACGCCACCGCGAACCAUCACGCUGGACCGACUAGCCCGUGAUGUUGAGUAUUUUCGAGAACAGUUUGGCGGCAAGCAUGGUGCCAGUCGUGCGGGCAAAUUGAUCAUCCGCAAGGAGCAUACCGCACCACAGUACAGUACAGAGAUGGUGGCGGGGAUCAUCCAGGACGAGGCGCACAGUUGCUUUGAUGCGCGCGGUGUCAUCCCGGGUCAUUUCCAACAGGGAGAUGAAGUAUCUCUCAUAGAUUGGAUUCGCGCGUUUCUCCUGGCGAUCAAGCGCAAGGAGCACUUGGAGAGUUUUGCUGGUCGGGCCGCCUACGAAGUUGUCAUUGACGACAGCUACGUGGCGAUGAUUGGUAUUCGCAAGUCUAGAGUAUUGCUGUAUUCGCUGGGAGGAUCUUCAGAAGUCGAAACAGUCAAUGCAGAUGGGCAGUCGUGA